GGCAGUGGUAGUGUAGUAGCCUCGUGGUGCCAGUCAUCGCUCUCCUCCCACGCAAUUUUAUCCCCUGGUUUUGUUUGUUUUCACUGAACCAACUGGGUUUUCACACAAAUAACCUGUUUACAAGACUGUCAGGACCGUUAUACGUUUUGCAGCUAACCUUAGACGCCAUCGUCAGUGAGAGCCAACUAGUUAACGAAAGAGUAAACGAGAGAGAGAACGAGAUACAGAGUUGAGACAAUAAGUGAAAUCACGUGAUUGGCCAAAAUGGGUGAAGGAAUGCUUUCUUUAUCUUGGAACAAUCAUAGUUCUACAUUUUGUCACAUGCUGUCUGCACUACGAAAUGUGGAGAGAUACACUGAUGUGACUGUAGCAUGUGAGGGCAAAUUCUAUCCAGUACACAAGCUAGUACUAUCAACUUGUAGUGAUUAUUUCUUGAAAAUGUUUGAGUAUACUCCAUGCAAACAUCCCAUUAUAGUCCUUAAGGAUAUCCAAUGUAAAGAUAUGGAAGCUCUUUUAAGUUAUAUGUAUGCUGGCAUAGUAAGUGUGGAUCAAUCUGAUUUAGCACAACUGAUCAAGGCUGCAGAGCUUCUACAAAUUAAAGGGUUAGCUGUGCCUGAUGAGCUUCCAUUUAAUAUAAAAAAAGGGCGCAGCAUGAUGGAUGGUAGUAAUAGUCCUCGUUCAAAGAGACGUAAACAGGAUGACACUAGUUGGGAAGAGUCACAAAGUGUCGAUUUAUCUUCUCCGAACUCUCUGGAUUAUGGAGACGAUGACCAGCACGACAAGACAGAGGCUACUGCUGAAUCUGAGAUAAAUCAGAAAUCAUGCCAAGCAGAUGAUAAUCGUAUUGAAAGCACAGAAAUUAGUGAUGAUGACCAACAAAAUGGAAAUAAAAGUACUCAAACAACAGAAAAUAAAAAAGAAAAUGAAGGCCUUCUGCAAGAGUCUCCCACGUCGCAGGCUGAGACAGUGAUGGAUGAAAGUAUGGUUAAAGAAGAAAUGGUCGAUGAAGAUAGUAAUACAUUACCAGACACAGGGUUGGACUACAUGACUUUUGGAUCAGACACAGGUGUAGAUGAUAAUGAAACAGAAGAAGAUCCUUCAGGUUUAAUGAUACAUACCAAAUAUGGAGAGCAGUGUCACAACCAAUCUUUUCUGCAGCGACACUUUCAGCAGUCUGAAAAUAGUUCUGAAGUUCAGCCAGGACCUUCACUACUACAAGGGCAUUGCUGUGUCAACAUGAUGGAAGAAAAGUCUCGUGUACCACUUGUAACUUCUGAACACAAUCAACAAAUCUACUCUGCAUGUCACGUAAGUCCACCAAAUGCAUGUUACUGUACUUGUGUAGUCCAUAACAGCAGCUGGUCUCACAAUUAGGUCAUUGAUUUUUCUAUUCACCUUUCCAGGGUCUUUCAUUUCAUGCUGGUGGAUCACUGUCACAUGUUUGUCGUGCCACUAAAAUGCCAUGUCAUUGGCAU